GCUGCAGUCAUUCUCUCAUUCAUCAUGAAAAUCGUUCGGUCGCCAGCAAUUUUCCCAAUAUUUAUGCCAAAAAUGUGUUAAAAACAAAGUGUUUGUUUGUUAUAAAUAGUGCAUAAGCUUGUGCUAUGGCAGUGCGGUCAUGUCAUAAAAAUUAAAUGCACAUGCAAUACGUGGUGGGAAUUGCGAAAAACGUAAAACGAAAAAAUGAAAUCUAGUCAAAAAUACGUCGCAAAUGGAGGGGGAAAGAGGAUGAUGAUGGAUGGCCAAACAUAGCCACAGAGCGAAAAACGCAAAUAAGUGACACGCAGAGCAAGAUAAUGCAAUUGUAUUUGUAAAUAAGCAAGACAAAUUAAUAUACAAAAAUAUAUUCAUUGACACUACCAUACACACAUACGGUGAAAGAGAGAAAGAGAUCAAAAAUCUAAACGAACUGCACUUGUGUAUUACUUGUGAGUGUGUGUGGGCGCAUCUCACACACACAAUAGCUGGUGUUAUUAAGUUGUUGUUGUUUUUGGGGUUGAAAGCUGCAUAACGCGUGACGUGUGAGUGUGUGUGUGUUUUUGGUAGUGUCUCUAUACAACCCCCUUUAAAGUGUCGCACACGUUACAAGUUACAAGUGCCACCUCACACCCACAAAUGCGUAAUUAGGAAAUCGACUCGAGACGAAACAGAAGCCACAAGAGACUCAAAAGAGAGACAACAACUGAACACCAAAAACACCCAAAAUGAUGGACAACGAUGACACAAUGCUCAAUAACUGUGGUCCACAGUCGGGCGCCGAGACCGUUUAUGGCACCGAGGACAACAAUAUGGUCAUGUCGGAGAAGAAUGAACAGGUUGUCAGCAUCGUGCAGCAGCUGGCGGGUAGCAUUUAUCAGGAGUUCGAGCGAAUGAUCAAUCGCUACGAUGAGGAUGUGGUGAAGAACCUGAUGCCGUUGCUGGUGAACGUGCUGGAGUGCCUGGAUGCCUCCUAUCGCAUCAAUCAGGAGCAGGACGUUGAGGUGGAGCUGCUGCGCGAGGACAACGAACAGCUUGUCACACAAUAUGAGCGAGAGAAAAGUGCUCGCAAACAGUCGGAGCAAAAGCUGCUGGAGGCUGAGGACUUGGCCGAGCAGGAGAACAAGGAGCUGGCCAGCCGCCUGGAGUCGCUGGAGAGCAUUGUGCGCAUGCUGGAGCUGAAGCACAAGAACAGCGUGGAGCAUGCCAGCCGCCUGGAGGAGCGUGAGACAGACCUCAAGAAGGAAUAUGCCAGGCUGCAUGAACGAUACACGGAGCUAUUCAAGAACCAUGUGGAUUACAUGGAGCGCACAAAGAUGCUAAUGGGCUCAACGCAUUCACAGAUGAGCACAGCCUCCGAUCGCAUGGAAGUGAGUCGAGCACGUCUCAAUCCAGUCGCACGCAGCUCGGGUCCCGUUUCCUAUGGCUUUGCCUCGCUGGAGAACUCGGUGAUGCUCGACACGGAGACGAUUUGCAGUGUCGGCAGUCAGUCGGAUGACUCGGGUCCGCCUUCGUUGCAGAAUGAGCUCGACAAUUUGGCUGGCACUGUAGAGCGAGGUGCAGCAACAGAUGCGCUGCAGCAACAGCAUCAAGCGACAUCGCCACAGAGUCCCGACAUCAGUCCCGUUGUGCCAAAUGUGCCCGCAAAUGUUGGUCGAUCGACCACGAAGAAGGAGCAACGGUCGGACAAUAACCUAUACCAAGAGUUGUCCUUCCAGGAUAAUGAAGAGAGCGAAGAGAAUGAGAUUGUCACAGGCAGCUGGGUACAUCCCGGAGAGUACGCAUCCUCAGCAAACGACAACUAUUUUGGCAUGGGCAAGGAGGUGGAGAACCUCAUCAUGGAGAACAAUGAGCUGCUGGCAACCAAAAAUGCACUCAACAUUGUCAAGGACGAUUUGAUAGUCAAAGUGGAUGAGCUGACGGGCGAAAUUGAAAUUGUGCGCGAAGAGCUGAACGCAAUGCAACAGUCGAGAACGAAGCUGCGGCAACGCAUAAGUGAGCUAGAGGACGAGCUGAAGAAGGUCAAGGAACAGGUGAAGCAACAAAACACCGAACAGGAGGAGAACGAUGUGCCGUUGGCGCAACGCAAGCGCUUCACGCGUGUCGAGAUGGCCAUGGUGCUGAUGGAGCGCAAUCAGUACAAGGAGAGGCUGAUGGAGCUGCAGGAGGCGGUGCGUCUCACGGAGAUAUUGCGCGCCUCGCGCACAGUCGACAACUUGGACAAGAAGUCGAAGCAAAGCAUUUGGAAAUAUUUUAGCAAUCUUUUUACCCCUUCCAAUCGCCCGACGGAACGCGUUGCCGACGGGCUUGGAGGGGGGCCGAUGUUUCGUCACACAGGCGGAGGAAGCCCUGCCCACAGCCAUGGAUCACCCAGCCGUGGAGGAAGCGACAAUCGCCUUGCCCUAGCCGGUGCCCAUCCGCCGCCGCAUCCGGCCAGCGCCGGACUCGCCAAUGCGCUAAUCAUGGCCAAGGACUAUGCGGAGGAAGGCAGUUCGGAACGCAUUAGCGCCCGGAGGCGUGAACAGUAUCGUCAGCUGCGUGCCCAUGUGCAAAAGGAGGACGGACGAUUGCAUGCCUAUGGCUGGAGUCUGCCCAUCAAUAAGACCAAUCAGGAUGCGAAUCCGAGUCGCCAUUCUGGCGGUGUCCCAGUGCCCGUCUAUUGUAAUCCACUCGCAGAGGCAUCGCCACACAUGAAGGUCUUCUGCGCCGCGGGCGUCAAUCUGCAGGGCGGCUUCACCAAGGAUGGCCAAUCGCUGAUACCCGCCGACUCGCCGUAUGCGCCACGCUCGACGCUCAAAAUCGCUGAGAUUACUAGUCCAACGGCCGAGCAAAGCGCCGAGGCGCUGGAUCGCCAAAUGGCGCGGGCCAGCCUCGAGACGUUGGAGCCGGAGACGCAGCUCAGUUCGUAUGUUUGGAUCUGCACAAGUACUCACGGUGCAAGCACUGUGAGUGUGGUGGAUGCCAAUCAGUCGGCAACUGUGUUGGAUGCAUUUCCCAUCUGUGCAUCGCAUCUGCUCUGCAUAGCGUCGGUUCAGGGUGCCAUGGAGAGUGACUAUGCGCUGCUGGAGCAAUCGGAAGUGGUCAAGGCCGGUGAGAUGCUGCAGCGACCGGGCGAAGGUGCCGAGUUGCUAGGCAAAGUGGAGUUUAUACGCGUGCGUCCCAAAGCGGAUCAGAACAGCAACAGCAAGCAGCACUCGCAGGAGGAUGGCGAUGACGCAGCGACAGCAGCAGCAGCCACAGCAGUUGCUGUGCCUGGCGUGGCUGAGGCCAAGGAGGCAACCGAGAAGUCCAAUGAGCAAUUGCCUGCGGUGGAUGCUGCCGAACCUUUGGGCAAUGUGGAGGCUAUCAAGAUACGUCAGGCGUUGCCUGGAGCACCGCAACGCUUGCCCAGCAACAGCAGCGAGAGCAACAAUCAGGCGAACAACAACAACAACAGCAGCAACAGUUCGCAGUUUACGAUCAAGUCGCUGAAUCCCAUACUGGGUACUAAGGAGCGUGAUGAACCCGCCAUGAGUUCGGUGGGACCGACAAUGUGGCUGGGUGACCAGGAGGGUUGGCUGUAUGUCCACAGCAGCGUGGGAAGGUGGCACGAGUGUCUGCACAAGGUGCUCUUGCCUGAUGCGGUGCUGGCGAUUGUGCAUGUGGAGUCGCGUGUGGUUGUUGCGCUGGCCAAUGCUCAGUUGGCUGUGUUUCGCCGCCAAACAGACGGCCAAUGGGAUCUGAAUAGUUAUCACCUGGUUACGCUCGGUGAUCGCAAUCAUUCGAUACGUUGCCUCUGCGUGGCUGGCGAGCGCAUUUGGGCGGCGCAUCGCAACAAGAUCUUCAUUGUUGAUCCCAUAUCGCUCAACAUUGUGCAUUCGCUGGACGCACAUCCGCGCAAGGAGAGCCAAGUGCGACAGAUGGCAGCCACAGGCGCCGGCGUUUGGGUUUCCAUACGUCUGGACUCCACGCUGCGUCUGUACAACACACAUACGUUUGAGCACAAGCAGGAUGUGGACAUUGAGCCAUAUGUGUCCAAGAUGCUGGGCACUGGCAAGCUGGGCUUUAGCUUUGUGCGCAUCACAGCGCUGAUGGUGUCCUGCAAUCGCCUUUGGAUCGGCACCAGCAAUGGUGUCAUCAUCUCUGUACCGCUUGCCGAGGCGCAACAAAAGUCAUCUGAUCCCCAUGGCCAAAUGCCAUUGUGCUGCAUGGCCAAUGCUCAACUGUCCUUCCACGGUCAUCGCGAUGCGGUCAAGUUCUUUGUGUCGGUGCCGAUGCUGCAGCAACCGAAUGGCAGCACGCUAACCUUUAGCAACAAACGUCCCGAUAUGUUGGUCAUGUGCGGCGGCGAGGGUUACAUCGAUUUUCGCAUAAGACAUGAUAAAUUCGAUGCUAGUGAUAAUGCAGCGCAUUUGAUAGUUUGGAAAGUCGAUACAUGACAAUGACAUGGAGAACAGUAUUCAACUGGAACCAAAUCAAACGAUCGAAAAUCGAGGCGAUAAGAGUUAUUUAAUUGUGUGGCAUGUUAGUCAACGUUAAAUCUAAUUAACAAUUAUACCCGGUACACAUUUCCGAUACCAUAAAGUAUAUAUAUUCCUGAUCUAAGUCUGUCCGACAGUUAAUACUCCUAAAAAUUGAGUUACCAGCGUUUUUCUUUUAAAUAUUUCAAGAAAAUUUCUUUACGAUUGAAAAUUGUAUCGAGUACCGGGUAUCUGACAGUCGAACGCCAUCGACUGUGGAAUUCUUAACUGUUAACUUUGCUUUAAGUCGAUAUGAAUAUAUUUAUAAACAAGUUAUAUAUGGAGGAGAUACCAACUCUUAAGGGCUAGCAAAAAUAACACCGUACUUUAGUUUCUAUUAAUACACCCAAAAUUUAUUUAACUAAUUCAGUGCGCCGCAGCAUUGCCUAAAAAAAGAGAAAAAACACAAUUGAGUCGUAACACAUUUUUAGUUAAAAAGAACACACACAAAUUGUGCUAAUAAUUAUGCUUCACAUAUGCAAAGAGUUAGCUUCACGUACUAAAUAAAUUUAGAUGAAAUAAUAGUUAUUUGUCAGUGAUAGCCCGCUAAAUAUUUGCAAAUAUAAAGUAUAAACAAUAUAUAAAUAUAUAUAUACAUACAUCUACAUAAAUACUAAGAUUUAAAUUUGUACAUUUUAUGCGCUCUACUGACAGUUAAAGAAGAUGAUGAAGCAAGUUAUGUUUUUAUAUCUCUAUUAUAGUUUUAAAGAAAAUGCCCAAGAAACCUUAAGCAUACUAAAGAAGCGCCCAUUUUCGGAAGCAAAUUUUGUGCGUGAUGUUUGUCCAAAUAUUUAGUUGAAUUUUAAUUCUUUUAAGUUAACUAACGCAAAGAAGACAACAACAACGCAACUUUCUAUAUAGAGUUAUUUGUUAAAUAAUUUUAAUUUUAGUUCGCAUAGUUGUUAUUAAUUUGUUUAUACAUAAUAAAACGAAAGGGAAACCAAAAGUGACUAACUAAUUAAUUCCUCGUUUUCAGUUGCAGUGUUUUUUUUUGUUUAUGUUUCCAAUGCAUAUCAUUUCGAUUAGUUUUUAAAGGCGCCAAGUGAUAUUUUAUUUUUUGUCAAGCACAUUUAUAUACAAACUAUAUAUAUAUAUUAUGGGAGACACAAUUUAAGAAACAUUUAAAUGCAAAUACAAAAAUACGGCAUUAUUGGCUUUGGCUUGAGUAACAACAACUAACAAACAAAACAAAAAAAAUAUAUAUAUAUAUUACAUAUAAAAACGAAACAAAUAUACUGUAAAUAAAGCCACAUUUAUAAUAUAGAAAAUUAUGUGAAAUAAAUUAUUGAUUUCAA